AAUUCAAGUUCAAACUUAAAGUUGUCAGCAUUAUAAUCACAGCAUCAACAAAAGACAAGAGAGAGAGAAACAAGUAAAUUGAAUUCAAAUCAUCUAACUUAUCUGCUAACCCUUAUAGAGAAAAAAUUCCUUCUAAGACAAGUUUUUAUCUUUUUGAGAAAAGGAGAAAUACCCAGAAGAGUAACCAAGAAGAACAACUUAUUUUUUUUCUGGGUUUUUUCUAUAUGAUUUAUAUGGGUUUAAAUUUCUUGGUGGGUUAUUUUGAACUGAAUUUUUCAUAACUAUCAUUUGGGAUUUUCUUUUCUGGGUUUUUUCAUCUGGUUUGAUAUGGGUUUGAAUUUGUUGGUGGGUUUCAUAAAAACGUUUUAAUUUUGAAUUGUAUUUUCCAUAAUUGUUUCAAAGAAGUAGAAAUUUUGGGUGAAAUUUAUCAAGACGAUAUGACUUUAGGGUCUGUACUUUGCUGUGGCAAAGGUUUCGAUCGGAAAAAGAAGGAAGAAAACAAAGAAGCAUGGAGGAUAUUUUCUUUGAAAGAAUUGCAUUCAGCUACAAACAAUUUUAACUACGAUAACAAACUUGGCGAGGGUGGGUUUGGAAGUGUUUACUGGGGACAACUUUGGGAUGGUUCACAGAUCGCGGUUAAAAGAUUGAAGGUUUGGAGUGAUAAAGCGGAAGUUGAGUUUUCUGCUGAGGUUGAGGUUUUAGCAUGUGUUCGCCAUAAAAAUCUGUUGACUCUGCGGGGUUACUGUGUUGAAGGACAAGAACGACUCAUUGUGUAUGAUUUCAUGUCAAAUUCAAGCCUACUAUCUCAUUUGCACGGACAGCUUUCGGCCGAAUGUCUUCUAGACUGGAAACGAAGAAUGAACAUUGCUAUUGGAUCGGCAGAGGGAAUUCUAUACUUGCACCAUCAUAUCACCCAACACAUAAUCCACCGAGACAUCAAAGCUAGCAAUGUGUUGCUCGACUCGGAUUUCCAAGCUAAGGUUGCUGAUUUCGGGUUCGCCAAACUUGUGCCUGAUGGUGCAACACAUGUAACCACAAAGGUGAAAGGCACACUUGGAUACCUCGCCCCUGAAUAUGCCAUGCUAGGGAAGGCAUCUGAGAGCUGCGAUGUAUAUAGUUACGGAGUACUACUGCUUGAAAUUGUCAGCGGUAGAAGAGCUAUUCAGAGGCUAAACCCGACUUCAAACGGUUCAAUCAUUGACUGGGCUAUGCCCUUGGCUUGUGAGGGGAGGUUUAGAGGACUCGCAGAUCCGAAACUCAACGGAAAUUACGUGGAAGACGAGCUGAAACGAUUAGUCCUGAUUGCUCUCAUGUGUGCACAAAAACUACCCGAGAAAAGACCGACUAUGCUCGAGGUGGUAGGGAUGUUGAAGGGAGAAUCAAAAGAUAAAAUCUCCGAUCUAGAAGACAAAUUGUUCAAUAAAUGGCAAUUUAGUGAUGGCAACGAUGAGAUCCGGGAUCAUAAUGCAGACUCGACAUCAGAGGAGAAGGACGUUGAACCCGAAUCUAAAGAUGCAGAUUCUAUAGCCGAGGAGAAAGAUGUAAAACUUGAAUCUAAAGUUGCUGAUUCUGGGUCCGAAGGCGCUCAGGAACGCUGAUGCUGGGUGUUUUUCUGCUGCCUGCAGCACAUUUGUGCUGUAUAUCUUUGGUCUGGUUUUAUUGUCGUUUUCGUGUAGGCUUGUAUGAUGUAUUUUCCAACAUCCUUUUCGGGGGAUCCCCUUUUGUCUUUAGUGUGUUUCGAGUUUUUGACGUUUAUUAGUGUGUGCUUGGUUAUGCAGUAUGCAGUGAGCUAGCAACUAUGAUUGAAACUGUAUAUGAGCUUUGUUGAUAUUCCAUUUUGCCUAUACAAAGUGUAGUUUUUGGCCAUGCCUCACUUUAUUUUAGCUUUAUGGUAUUGUAUUUGAACGUCAAGCUAUGACUUAUUAGGAAGGUCAAAAUGGAAAUCGACUACUGUAUUUUAUGUAUUAAGAACAAAGACCAUUGAUUGUUGGUCUUUUGUUUACUGGCCGGUUUAAUUGGCUUGUACGACAAUUAUUAUAAACAUUUGACAAAAUUAAUUAUGG